UUUUCGAUGUAUGAGGCUGGGAUGUAGCUGGUUUCCCCCGAGCUGCAGCGGGACCCCAGCCGCCAGUGUUAGUUGCUCUUCUCCAGGAGAAGCUUAACUUACAUGUAUCAAGGAGGUUUUGUGAGUCGAGUGAAAAUCUGCCCUUCGGGUAUACAGGUUCCUGGGCUCACCUGACUGACUGCUCGCUCAGUCUGUCAGUCAAACGAUCUAUGUCUAAUCGUUCUAACAAUCUAUCUUUUUUUUCUUUUAACACGGAAAUAACAACAUUUAGAAAUGCUAUACUUGAUGAUUAAGGGACAUUAUUUACAUUAUUACCUUAAAUGUCAAGUUUCUUUUCUUAAUAUUUAUAUAUUUAUUUAUAAUGUAAUGGUUGGGGAAUCACUGGGGCGUCUGAGUGGAAAUAUCAGCUCUGUCAUAAGUGAUUUAAAGGGUAAUUUCUUAAUGUAAACGUUAAUAUUUUUAAUAAUGCAUCAGGGUAGAGGGUUCCUUGUACAAUUUACAGCAUUAGUUCUCUGAGAAUCUCCAUCUUCAUAUCCAAGCAAAAUUGGUGUUGUUACUUAAAUAUCCCUAACCGAAUCGAUAUUGGAUCGAAAAUCAAAUUGGGACCUUGUCAAUCGGAAUUGAAUCAAUUCGGGAAAUCAGUGGCGAUACCCAGCUCUAGCAAUUACACACACACGCACACAUCUCAAAGACAUCUAACUACAACAUAGACCACAAUGGAAACAGGUCCUGCGACUUUUUUGUGUUAUCCCUGAUGCCCUUUUAAUUAUGCACGUACUUAUAAUUGUCCUUCUAAAAUAGAUUGUCAACUAAACAAAACAAAUCACAUUAAAAAGAGGCAUCAACAAUUAAAACCACAACAGCAAAACCCAUUUCUUAAAUGUUAAAAGCUCUAGUAGCCUCAUGUCAGAGGUAUAACAUGCAUUUUUGGUAAGAUUCACCAGUGCAUAAUGGUACACAUACAGGUAACAUCAUGGUGGCAUUUUAAGUAACUGAAAGUCUCUCAAUUAGACAACAUAAACAUAUACAGGCAGUAAACUCAACAGCCAGACCGUCACAUCAGUUGAACACGUCAAAUAUAUUUACAUGCUUGCUAAGUAGAUUUGGGGAAACACAAUAUUUCUAACCUCUUUACAUCUAAUUAUCAUGUCAUUAAAUUCAUUAAAGUCACCACGGUAUUACUCAACAGCUGUUUAAGACCAGCACUGCAGAGAGAUAAUGUAACCAAAUCAUCCGUAAAACAAAAUCAGUAAUUAUGAGAUUACCAAAUACACAAUCUGUUAUAAGUGUAAAACAAAGCAAAGUAUAAUCUGUAACAGAUAAGAAAUGGUAUAUUACCAUUACAUACUGAAACCAAAGGAUCUAUCCAUCCAUCCCCGCAUUGUAGAUGAGAGGAUCUGUGGAUACUGUGAGCUUAAUGAAAAUGAAAUUAAUUUAAUUCUGUUUUCCUCUAUAUGUUUCACAAUAAACAAUGUUUAAAAAUGGUCAAGAUUCAGAUUUGAUUAGAAAUGAGGAUGGAGCUUUAAAAAUUAUCUAAAAGUAUCCUUUGUGAUUUCAGAAUAUUUUUCUAAACAUUUGAACAGAAGAAAAAUAGCUUAUGACAAAUCCUUUAUACAUUUGUGGAUUAUAGAUUGAGAUUUAGAUUGAUAUAGAUUGAAAUUUUAGUUGGAUUAGUUUUAUAGUGUGCAGAUUAUUUGGUGUAGACUUUGUUUUGUUUGUGUUUGUUUACAUUUAUGUGAGCCUGUGUUUAUUUAAUAAGACUUAUGAAAAAACCUUAAGUAAGCAAGACAAUAAUUAAUUGUUCUCUAAGAUGCUGGAAGGUAUACAUAUUGGAUUUUUCAUUUAUUGCCGGUCAAUGUGUCUGAAUAAUCACAUAAUAGAUCAGUAAAGUAAGACAUGUAUAUAAAAUUCAUCAGCUCAGAUAAGUGAUCCAUACAAGUUAAUAAAGAAUGGAGAUGCACUAAAAUCCCAAUCAUCCUAACUCUAUUACAGACAGGAAAAAAAAAUCAGAUACAGUAUGACCCCAUCUAACCUGCAUCACCUAACAGACCUACCAACAUACAAGAAUUAUGAGCAGAUAUUGAGGAACUCCACGCAUUUUAUUAAGGAAUUCAUCAUGCCUGAUUCCAGUAAGAGACUUAGAAGAAUCUAGGAAGAUGUAAACAUUUAGUGGUUGGCAAUUACAGGGUAAGUAGCAUACAUCAGCAGAGAAAUAGCCAGCAUGCAUGCCUUUUUUCUCUGCUCACCAAUCACAAUUUGUUAAAUUUUUAAUGCAUGGACCUAGUUAAUUACAGCAGAACAUACAAGUAUUAGAUCGCUAGAACUAGGCUGUUUCCAUGAGCUACAUUUCACCUAAAAAACAAACAUUUCACAAACUGUAUGUUUUACAAAUUUUCCAGAGAACCAAAAUACAGUGAAAUCACAACAUGCAUCUGUAUUUCAUAAAUAUCAGAAAUCCAAACAGAAGAUGAAUCAGUUUUCUCCUUCUCUGUCUAUUUGUGACUCUACCGGCUGGGAUAUAAUGGAGGGAGUUGCGGUGGUUGGGGGCUGUGUCUGCUGUUUUGUCUACAGUAACAUUUUUUUAACCAGUUACUUCCACACCACUUCUUUCAUUAUGCUGAUCUGUGAAGUGGAACGUAACGCUGGCGGAGUUGAGAGGUCAGGGGCUCCUGCUGCCUAGAUACAUACAGUCUAAUAUUAGAACAUUUCCUUGAUUUGUUAGCAGCAUCUCUGCUGACUCCCGAGCACAUGGCAACAGGCCGGCCAAUAGGAUUUCAGGAGACCACUAAGCCCCUCGCUCUGUAUAGCAACAGUGGCAUCCUUCCCUUAUUUAUUUAUAUAGGAGUUUUUUCUUCCACUGACUCAUUCUCAUGUUUCUGUCCCCCCACUGUGCAGCCUCACUGUGCUCUCAAACUGUGAAAAAGAGUUACGGUGCGAAGAGUAAUGCUGCUCUUUUACUUUUGCCUUUCCUUUACCUGCAUAAGCUCUAAAACCUACAUAAUUUUUUCCUAGAUUUUUUUUCUCCAUACUUUUAUAGUUUUUUUAUUGUUUUUUUUAUACUGCACCCCACAGAUCAGUGGAGUUUUUUUUCUGUGCAUUGCAUGUAAAAGUAAAAUCAAAGUGGAAAUUGUCUUGGAAAAAGCUUGAUUUUCAUGAAGACAUGAGCUGUAUCGAAGAAGAGGAGAGGAAAUACCCAGAGGAAUGGCAUCGUGGGAAAAUGUGGCACUCAGAGUGGACGGACAACAACCAAGUGGAGAGGAUCUUUAAAAGAUGGAGGACACAGGAGGAGAGGCAGUACGGGAUAGGAGGAGUUGGGGUGGGGAGGGGGGGAUGACAGGAUGGCGUGAGGACCGAGGCCUGUGGUUGGUUUGAUCAGAGCCACGUGUGUGUCCAGCCACGUCUCUUCGCCGCUUCAUGGAUGUCGAUGAAAUGUUGGCUUCCCCUGCCCCCCGGUCCCUUCUGUCUUGGCCCAGGUUUUCUGAUAUGAGAUGAUGCGUGAGUCCUUGAGGAAGAAAUGAGACAGUCGUGCUUCAGUCUGUCACUCUCAAUUGGGUUUACAGCUCAAUAACUAGUGUCAAGGUGUCUAUGAAGCAGGCACUCAGCUGUUCAGUAACCAACUGUGGUUGUUCUGGGUAGCUCCAGGUAUGAAUCUCUUUAAGCGAAUGACUGUGAAGCAGAACAGCACUUGACAAUAGAAAACUCCCACCGAGUAUGUAAAAGUAAAGGAUCUACUGGCAAUGUCAUUGCUCUGCUCUGCGAUGAGGUUAAACUGGGGUUUCAGGCUGUGGAGCAUGCUCUACCUCCACAACACAGGGCAGCCUUGAACUCUGCAUCGUCACCCUCUCUAUCCUCAGCCAUGAGUUUAACUGUAAGCUGAUAGUAUGUGAUCAACCACACCGUGGCACCUACCAUCCUGCUGCUUCAGCACCUCAAUAAAAACCUAGCUGGACUAUUCAGUCUGUGUUGUGAAAAUGGCAGAAGAGGGUUUCCAGCUCAGAGCUUUCGACAGCAAAGAAUGCACACAGGACAACGAGCUCCAGCCAGCUUAUUUCCCAACGUCAUCACUAGCAUCCCUCCAUCUCAGGGACAAGGCUGUGGUCAUCAACAAGAGCACCAACCAUAUGGUGGAUAAUCCUGAACCCCAUUCUGUACUUCCUGCGAUGAUGUCAUCACCGCUUAACCAAUCACAACAGCUGACUGACAUAUCCAUGGCUACUAGGCCUGAACCUUCACCAGCAGUUCAAGAGUUCUUGGAGCCUGAGAUGGGCCAAAACGACAGUGAGGCUCAGUCUCACACCCUGACAGCGUUCAUGCAGGACCUUUCCUCCCCUGUUGAUCAUGAUGAUGUGUUUCCUGCCAUAAGAACCAACAUUGCCAAGGAAGGAGAACUUAAGAACAACAUAACCAAAGCAAUGGCAGCAUGUGACUCAAGCUUUGAUGACAGCCAUCUGUCUAAUGCAGAGUGGUACUGGGGAAAUAUCACAAGAGAGGAAGUAAAUGAGAUGAUGAGAAACACUCCUGAUGGUACAUUCCUGGUCAGAGAUGCUUCAAGUAAGGUUAAGGGGGAAUACACUCUCACACUAAGAAAAGAUGGAUCCAACAGGCUGAUAAAGAUCUUCCAUCAUGGGGGGAAGUACGGCUUUUCUGAGCCAUUGGCCUUUCCGUCUAUGGUGGACCUGAUCCAGUAUUACCAGAACAGGUCUCUGGCCCAGUACAACUCUAAACUGGACACACAGCUACUCUACCCCAUAUCCAGAUACCAGCAGCAGCAGGUUGUGAUGGAAGUUGACAUUGAUGCAGUUGGAGAACAGCUGAGGAUAUUUCAGGAUCAAUACAAAGAGAAGAGCAAAGAGUAUGACCGUCUGUAUGAGAAGUUCAACCAAACCUCCCAGGAACUGCAGAGCAAGCGGACAGCCAUAGAGGCUUUCAGUGAAAUCAUUCGGAUCUUUGAGGAGGAGUGUGAAACUCAAGAACGGUACAGCAAGGAAUACAUCGACAUGUUCCUCACAUUAGACAGCAGUACAGAGACUGACAAGAUUCAAAGCAAUUCAGAUGAGCUGCAGUCAGGGGUGGAGGAGAUCCACAACAGCAAGAAGAAGUUGGAGGAGGAGCUGAGGAGGAAGGCGCUGGCUCACAUGGAGGUCGACAGGAAAAUGAACAGCCUGAAGCCUGACCUUGUACAGCUCAGGAAGAUCAGAGAUCAAUACCUGCUCUGGCUCACCCAGCAAGGCACUAGACAGAGCCAGAUUAAUGAUUGGCUGGGUAUCAGGGAUGAAGAAGAAAACCCGUACACCCUGGCAGACAACACCCACCAGGAGGAGAGGAGCUGGUACGUUGGCGGUAUGAGACGGAAGGAGGCAGAGGAGCUGCUGAGGGGAAGGAGGGACGGGACAUUCCUAAUCAGAGACAGCCAGACUCAGAGAGGCUCCUUUGCCUGCUCUGUUGUUGUGGAUGGGGACGUGAAGCACUGUGUGAUCUACAGGACGUCCACAGGGUAUGGCUUCGCUGAGCCCUACAACCUGUACUCAUCGCUGAAAGAGCUGGUCCUUCACUAUCGACACACAUCCCUGAUCCAGCACAACCAGCAGCUGAAUGUAACCCUGGCCUGGCCCGCUCUCAGCCAGCAGCCCAGCUGAGACACACCAGCACGCCACCCUGAUGGCGCUUUCCCAAAGCUUCACUGUAUUAGUACCGAGGACACGCCAAUAUGGACACUGUUACCAGGCUUUAACAGCGUACCGGUUAGUGUUGUCACCAUACGAGAGUUUUCAGAAACAGUUUCAGAGCUCACAUUUUGAUAUCUAAAAAUCCUACAUUGCUAAGAUGUCACAGCAAACAAAAAACAUUACCGAACAACAGUCACUGAAAUACUUUGGUUACUUGGAACAGAUUUUGAACAGCUUUCCCACAGUAAUUUUAAGGUUGUUUGGUUCAUUGUCAGCUUUGUUAGUUAAAUACAAUAGUUGCAUAUUUAUCUCCUGGCAUCAGUCAGACUGCAGCUCUGUUCUAAACUAAUUUCUUUUUUAAAGCUAUUAUUCCUAAUAUUAAAAAUCCCAUUUACUUGCCAUCUGCACAUACAGCUUGCAAAACACAAUUGGGAUUAAGUACUUAGCAUUUACAGAAUUUCAACAUUGAAUUAAAUCUUUUUUAGCAGUACUGUGGUAGUACUGAAAUAUUGCCUCAUCGUGACAACACUAGUACUGGUAUCAGCAAGUUUCCUGAACCAGUGCUGAUAUUAAAAGUUCAAAAAUACUGAUACCAAACUGAUAACUUAUCAAUACAAUAAUCAAAGCAGAGAGAUAUAAUUUGGCUGUUUAAAAAAAAGAGAGAAAUUGAUAUCCACUCAUCCAGACACUCAAUGUUUCAGCACAGGUUUUUGCAAGUUUCAUACAGUUUUGGCAAUUCUUGCCUCAAACAUUUCUGUCCAACAAUCCAAAUUAAUGCUCCGUAUCGUGCUGUGCCUGAGCCAAACUCACUUUUUAAAUUAAAAAAAAAUAAAUAAAAUGAACUUGGCGCAUCCCUCCACAGUAAAUAUCUUAAAUCCAUAUAACCGGUGAAGUUGCAGUGUUUAAGUUGCUUCUGGGAAACUGAGCUCAGGGUGGGACUCGGCACUACUCACUGUAGAAACUGAGGAGACACAAGCACUUUAUCCAAAACAAGACAACCAGAAUAUACAGAGGCACAGAAAUGAGAGCUGGAGAUUUGUGAGAAUGCACCGCAACACUGACUUCACAUAUUGAUGUUGAUGGUCGGAAAGAACUUUGUAUUUCAGUGAUUAGGAAUAUAAAAGUUAUUUUCUUACUUACUUCAUUCUGCACACUUCUGCAAUAUCUUCAGGACAUUACAAAUGAGACAACAUAGGAAUUCAUGGAUUCUACCUCCAGGGUGAGUUUAUGCUUUAUAGCAUUGUCAUUAUAGCAUCUUUCAAAUUAUUCUGAUGGCUGAUGAUGGUUUUUGUUCGUAGAAAAAUGGGACAAUCACAGUAAAGUUUGUGUAAUCUAUGUGUCGCUUUAAAGGGGCAUUUCAUCCCAAAAUCAAAAAUACAUAUUUUACAUAUUUUUCCCUCUUACCUGUAGUGCUAUUUAUCCAUCCUGAUUGUUUUGGUGUGAGUUGCCGAGUUUUGGAGAUAUCAAACUCGAGACUCAAG